CCAUCUUCCUGCUCUUGCCACCAACACGUUCUGUUAGACUGCCUUGUUCGCGGCCUGCUGUUCCCUCCGAGUAUCACAAAGGGCACCGAAACGUCACACCAAGCGACUAUGCACAACGUACUGACCAGAAUCAAUAACCUCUCGGCUUUGCUGUCUUCGUGCUUGAUGGGCCUAGUAGCAGUCAUGGCGCUCUCGUCUGUCCUCCUCGAGGCUAACACGGCUCCACCCAAAGGCUCUGUCUCUAUUCUUGCAAUCAAGUCGGCCCCUGCAAGGACCCCGCACUUCCGCGUGCGCAAUCAGGACGUGACCUUUACCAAGUUUAAUAUCACGGCAGAUCUCUCUCCAUUGUUUCACUGGAACACGAAGCAAGUCUUCGUCUACCUGCAGGCCGAGUACACGAAUUCGCAGGGCGUGCAUAACGAGGUCGUGAUAUGGGACAAAAUCAUUCGCAGCAAGGACGAAGCACGCCUCAAUCUUGUCGACAAGCAUAAGUACGCGUUCCGGGAGUUGUCUACUUCCUUUGAGAACGUCGAACCCGCGUCGUACACCCUCAAGUACAACAUCAUGCCCUAUGUGGGCUUGCUGACUUACGGCGAGGCCGCUCGGACGGCAGAGCCGGUGGCAUUCCCGGAGGUGCAGAGUCUCCAGUAAUCUACCGAUGACAUUCAAUACGAAGGGGGUCACGCUGGGUUGAAUCUGUAUAGAUGGCUCCAUGGACUGCUGUUCCAUGACCUGUACGGGGUGCCCUACACCCAUAACCACGCCUGAUAUCGUGUCGGGCGGGCCGACGCUCUGGAGUUGACGGGCG